GACCCAGUUGUUGGAUAUAACUUCAUAACAUAUGGUUCAUUCGAUACGGAACGUUGCAGUGAAGGCUUACUUUACAUCGUUCAGAAACCGAAGGACUUCAAUACAAAGAGAUAUAAGAUAGGAAGAACAUAUAAUAUAACUCAAAGAUAUGACAGUACAGUCAAUAGAGUCAAGGUUGUGUUUGUUAAUGAUAUGAGAGCUGCAGAAACAGAACUACUUGAAAAGUUUGAGAAAAUGUAUGGUGCUCCCAUAAAAGGUAAAGAAACGUUUGAAGUAGAUGAGAUAGAUAAAGCUAUAAAAUUAUUUGACGAAGUUGCUGAAAAAUACAUGUAA